AUGUCGCAGCGGCUGGUGGCGGCGGCCGGCAGCAGGGCGGUGGCGGGGCCGCUCGCCGUGCUGUGGCGGUGCGGCCUUGGCCCACGAGGGGGCAGGACGUUCGGGGCAGGCGUGAGGGCCCUCGGAACCGCUCAGCAGUGUCUCCAGGGAAUCCGCUUUCAGCAGUCGGCUCUGCAGAUAAGACUGGCGUCAGUUUCCCAGUGGCUGUGUUCAAAACCACCCAAAGGAACUAGUGAACCAAAGGAUGCUGGUCCUGGAGCGGACGGAGGGAAGAGAGGAGGAAAGCGGGAUGACUUUGCCUGGUGGAAACGAAUGCAGAAGGGGAAGGUGCCCUGGGAUGACAAGGAUCUCCGCAGUCUGGCCGUGCUGGGGGCAGGUGUCGCUGCAGGAUUUCUCUACUUCUAUUUCCGAGAUCCUGGGAAGGAAAUCACUUGGAAGCACUUCGUGCAGUAUUAUCUGGCGAGAGGUCUGGUGGAUCGGCUGGAAGUGGUGAAUAAGCAGUUUGUGCGUGUUAUUCCUGCCCCUGGGACAUCACUUGAGAAGUAUGCGUGGUUCAGCAUUGGCAGUGUGGACACCUUCGAGCGCAACCUGGAGACCGCCCAAUGGGAGCUAGGCAUCGAGCCCCCCAACCAGACAGCCGUGGUCUACACCACCGAGAGCGAUGGGACUUUCUUGCGAAGCCUGGUGCCCACCCUUCUCCUGAUUGGCAUCUUCCUCUAUGCCAUGAGGAGGGGUCCGAUGGGGGCUGGGCGUGGUAGGCGAGGAGUGGGCCUCUUCGGCAUUGGUGAGACAAUAGCCAGGAUCAUCAAGGAUGACAUCGGUGUGCGGUUUGCAGACGUGGCUGGUUGCGAAGAAGCCAAGCUGGAGAUCAUGGAGUUUGUGAAUUUCCUGAAGAACCCCAAACAGUACCAGGACCUUGGGGCGAAAAUUCCAAAGGGAGCCCUGCUCACAGGUCCUCCCGGUACCGGCAAGACGCUUCUUGCCAAGGCAACCGCGGGGGAGGCUGGUGUUCCCUUCAUCACCGUGAAUGGGUCUGAGUUCCUGGAGAUGUUUGUUGGUGUUGGCCCAGCUCGGGUUCGUGACAUGUUCGCAAUGGCCCGGAAAAACGCUCCCUGUAUCUUGUUUGUGGACGAGAUUGAUGCAAUUGGCCAGAAGCGUGGCCGCGGGCAGUUCGGAGGCCAGAGUGAGCAGGAGAACACCCUGAACCAGCUGCUCGUGGAGAUGGACGGAUUCAACUCUACCACGAAUGUCGUCGUGCUGGCUGGCACCAACCGCCCUGACGUCCUUGACCCAGCCCUUAUGCGGCCUGGCCGCUUCGACCGUCAGAUUUACAUUGGCCCCCCGGACAUCAAAGGCAGGUCGUCUAUCUUCAGGGUCCACCUGCGUCCACUCAAGUUGGACGAGAGCCUCAGCAAGGAUGCCCUGGCGAAGAAGCUUGCGGCCCUCACUCCAGGCUUCACAGGUGCUGAUAUUUCUAAUGUUUGCAACGAAGCCGCCCUGAUCGCCGCCCGCCACCUAAACCCCUCUGUUGGGGAGAAGCACUUCGAGCAGGCCAUCGAGAGGGUCAUUGGAGGCCUUGAGAAGAAGACACAGGUCCUGCAGCCCAGCGAGAAGAUGACGGUGGCCUACCAUGAGGCUGGCCAUGCGGUGGUGGGCUGGUUCCUGGAACACGCAGACCCCCUGCUCAAGGUGUCCAUCGUCCCCCGGGGCAAGGGGCUUGGCUAUGCCCAGUGCCUGCCCAGGGAGCAGUACCUGUACACACGGGAGCAGCUCUUUGACCGCAUGUGCGCCAUGCUGGGCGGCCGCGUGGCUGAGCAGCUGUUCUUCGGGCGGGUCACCACGGGGGCCCAGGAUGACCUGAGGAAGGUCACCCAGAGCGCCUAUGCCCAGAUCGUGCAGUUCGGGAUGAGCGAGAAGUUGGGCCAGGUGUCCUUCGAUCUCCCACGGCCAGGCGAGGCGCUGGUGGAGAAGCCGUUCAGCGAGGCCACGGCCCAGCUCAUAGAUGAGGAGGUGCGGCGGCUCAUUGGCUCCGCGCAUGCGCGCACCCUGGACCUGCUCACACGCUGCCGUGAGCAGGUGGACAAGGUGGGCAGGCGGCUGCUGGAGAAGGAGGUGCUGGAGCGGGCCGACAUGGUGGAGCUGCUUGGGCCGCGGCCGUUUGCUGAGAAGAUCACCUACGAGGAGCUUGUGGAAGGCACGGGCGGCCUGGAGGAGGACACGGCCCUUCCUGAGGGUCUGCAGGGCUGGCGUGGGGAGCCCGCUGCAGGAGAGCCCAGCCUAGCGCCUCCGCCUGGAGAGCAGCCUCCAGAACCCCCAGGAAGCAAAUUAAAGCACGUGUAACUGGAAGCAAUGGCAUCCCACUCCAGUACUCUUGCCUGGAAAAUCCUACGGAUGGAGGAGCCUGGUGGGCUGUAGUCCAUGGGGUUGCUAAGUCGGACACGACUGAGCGACUUCACUUUCACUUUUCACUUUCAUGCAUUGGAGAAGGAAAUGGCAACCCACUCCAGUGUUCUUGCCUGGAGAAUCCCAGGGACGGGGGAGCCUGGUGGGCUGCCAUAGACCCCUGGUGGGGUCCCAUAGAGUCGGACACGACUGAAGCGACUUAGCAGCAGCAGCAACCUGCAAACAGCUGUCUUCCAAUCAGGGUCUUUGAAGACCAUGGGCUUCCUGCAGGCACCCUCCCACCAAGGGGGGCUGGGACCUGGUCAGUGCAAGUGCCCUCACCUGCCCCAGGGAGAGAAGGCCCAGUUCAGAAGCCCUCACAGGUGGUGAGGUUCAGCAGAAGUGUGUAAGCCCAGAAUCUAGGGAAUGGCAGUUUGGGUAUUGGAAAGCUAGCUGGUCCUCACGGAUGGAGCUCAGCACUCCCACAGGCUUGUGGCCGGGGUUGGAGGACGGCUUAGUGGUCUGAACCUGAGAGGGAGGGGUUGCCCUUUUCUCAGGGUGGGGCCUUGUUGCUGGCAUGUCUCUGGGAAGCUGUUCCUGGUGGCCUGGUUUUGUUAGAAUCCAGAAGGUGACUCUGGGCUACUUCUUGGGACAGGACAUCCCCUAGGGGUGCAGCUAAGCUCUUGGGCUGAGGCCAGCAGUUGUCUGGUUAGACCUGGAGCAAGACUAGGGCCUGGUCCCAGGGAGCUGGGGUUAGUGGAAAUGGCCCCACAGGUCCCCAGCACACAGCCAGGGGGCCGGAGUCAUCAGAGUCAUGAUGGUAGCAGCAGUUCCUGCCUUGAGGGGAUGGGGGGACAGGCAUUCUGGGCUGACAGUGGGUGAAGGGGUGCCAUCCCAUGUGCCCCCCUGUUGCCAGCCCAGCCCACACACACGGCCUUGGGGAUGAAAUUGUCCACAUCGAUUGGUAUGUUUGCCUCAAAAAUAGAAUUUCCAACUUGGGACAAACACUUUGAACUUUGCUCUUUGUAGAACAUGUAUUGUUGAUUUUCUUGUCUCUGGGGCUUGCCCUGUAUUGCAGCCUCCACCAUUUAGCCUCUGUGCUGAACUGCUGGGGACCCUGCAGGGGCCUGUUCUGGGACCUUCUGAUGGAGGUAGGAUGCUCCCUCAUCGCAGGAAAGCCCCAUGUUGUCCCAAGCCUGGGGUGCUGCCCCUCCCCAGGUCCAGGGCACACUCCUGGUGAUAGCGCCCCUGUGUGUGUGCCCUGUCCGCUCACCCCCUCCUGUCUCUUCAGCUCCGUUCAUCUGGCUGAGCAGCUGGGCUGAGGCCUGGCUGAGAGUGUCUGCUCAGGGAGGCUCCACCCUGUGGGAGGAAUUGCCUGCUCUCUUCUUACUCUUCUGCUCACAGACUGGCCCUCCCUGCUGGCUGCCUCCCCAGAUCCUGCCUUGGGCUGGGAGGAGCCUUUUGGGGCUGCCUCUUCCAGCUUGGGCUUGUGGGGAUAGAGCCAAAUGCUAGCCCCCAGUGUGUCACAGUGGAGCCCCCAGAUGCUUCAUCUGGGGGAGGACCAGAGCACAGAGCUCCUGGAGGUUGCUAGAGCAGCCAGCCCGCUGCCCCUGCACAGCCCUCACCCCUGAGCUCUGGUGUCAGCUGGAAAGGAAGACACUGAUCCAUGAGACUCAGGACAGAGUGAUGUUUUAAUUGCGCUUUUUUGAAACGAGGUCACGGAAGCUGCAGCAGGAAGGACGAGGGCUGGAGGGAAGACCCUAGGGUGGGUGGGGUGUGGCUGCUUUCUGUUAAGACUCUUGGUUGUAUCUGGAAAUCACCCCCGUGUAGCAGUGUCGUCCCAGUGCUGGUGCAGAGGCGACUGUUUCCUGGCAGGGUGUGCCCAGGGCUUCCACAGAGGAGCCUUUUUUCCUUCCCCAGAAAUGUCUGUGAAGAAGGGGUCAGGACAGGUGGCCUUGGGGACAGAAAGCAGACUGGACUUGCUGUCAGACUGGAAGCUGGUCCUGUCCUCAGCACAUAAGCAGCAUUGGGAGCAGUCAAGCCUGGCAUCUCUGAAGUGAGGUUCGGGGGGUGUGCCCAGGUGCCCUCAUGUCCCCACCCCCUCAGACUGCUGCACCCCAGACUGGGACGCUAGCCAGGGACACAGACCUACACGUGUGUGUGCGUGUGUGCCUGGUGGGCUGUGGGGACUGGGUAAGCCCUGCCUGCCCUGCUGUCUGAGGCCAUCUUGACGGACUUGGCAUUCCGCGCUUAGGAAGGUGGGUCUGGCUGACAGGGAGGGAGGAAGACGAGCAAGUUGUUGGGGUUGUCUGGCACUGACAGUGUUCCUGGGCAGCAGCAGGGAAUCAGAGGUGAUCUGGGGGACUCACUCCCCUAUCCACUCCCUGGCUGGACAGCAGACUCCUGUGGGCUGGAGUUCGGCAUGGCGGUCCAUCCCCUUUCACCGGCAGAUCCCCACUCACCCUGGCCCCACCCAGGAUUCUGGUGGCAGAUGAUAACACUGUUCCUGCAGACAAGUCUCCUCUCAUCCCUGGGCCUUGUCCCUGAUUCAGGGACCAGGAAGGAGCUGAUAUAAGGCCACUGGGCUGUGCUUAUGCUGAAGUGCCUUGAGACCCCAGCCCAGAGCCGCAGUGGGGAGGGUGGGCAGUGUCCACAUGGCCACAGCUGUCUGGAUGUGCCCCAUCUUGGCCCCGGGCCAGCCAGCCUAGUCCUCCUUGGGCCUCUCCACGGUAAGAAUCGUGUCCACAAUGGCAGGCUGUCGCUCAGGGUCACCAAAGGGUUGCUUCUCACGGUUCUGCUCCGCCCUAGUGCGCGUCCAGGAGGGUGAGCGCAGACAGCCGGCUCGGGGCAGCGGGUGUAGGCCUGGUGGGAACAUGGGCUGGAUCAAUGUGGCAGACCAGUCACUCCUGCAUAUACUGCCUGGCCUGUUUGUGCCUCCAGCAUGGUGUCCGGCCACACCUUGGGCCCCCCUGCAGUGUGUGCAUAUGGGUCUGGGUGCAGCCUGGGCACUGGCUUUCCUGAUGCUCCCAGAAGGGUCCCCAUGCAGCCAAGGUCCCACCCUGGGUGUGAGCCUGGCCUGGAGCUGGUGUGGGUGGGGAGUAGGGAGGGGAGGAAGGUCUCUGGGCCCCCACACUCCAGUGGCUUGCAUGGCAUUUCUUUGGUCAGUGGGGUCCAGUGCUUCCUGGGAACUGAGCUGAGGAGCAGCCAGGUUUGGCAAAUGCCACCCCUUCUGUGCUCUGCCUUUUAAUUAAAUCUGCAUAGUGAAUUCUUCUCCUGGGGGGCCUGUGGCUGUGGUCUUUUGCUGUUAUUUGAAAGCCGAAAUUGAGGAGAGGCAGACAAUUCCUUUAAGUCAGCACAAAGGUAUGUAAAGUGCAGAAGCGGUGAAUGGAAUGGUGCCAUGUUGACAAACAUGCAUUAGAAAGGAAAUAAUUUUCCAGACCAGGUCUUCAGGGGGCAGUGCUGGGUAGUCUCAGGCCACAGGGCCUCCCCACAACACCCUCAGAGCCCAGUGGCAAUCCCACCUGCAUGCGAGUCGCUGGCCAUGUUCUCAUCAUCCGAGUCUGCAAAGACCUCAGCCAGCUCCUGGUCAGACAUGUCGGUCAGCUCGGUGAGGUCCAGGAGGUCGAAGUGCACCUCCAGGGAGGAGACACUGCUCAGCGGCUCUGGGGGCAGAGGGGUACGUUAGUGGGCCUGGUGAUGGCCAGUGUGGGGGAGCAAGGUGGGGUCAACCCAUUCCUGGCACCUGCUCCCUGGGGCACAGUGGGGCCCAGAGACCCGUCCCUGGUCCCAGGGGACUCGUGGAGCAUGAUGGGUGGCUGGGCAGUACUUACGCCGCCUUUCCGUGACCUGCAGGAGCCCUGGUGCUGGUAUUGGGAUGCCCAACAACUCCUCCUCAGCCACAGGAGACUGGCCACUGGUCCCUGUGACAGGGACGGGAGCACUGAGGGCAGCCUGUGGCACGUCGACCUCCUUAACUAAGCCUGCAACAGAGAGGGCGUUACCCGGGAGGGGCUGGAGUCUUCACCCCCACUGCCAGGACGCAGGCUGGGAGGACCUGAGAACCUGGCCCAUGGGGCUAGCCCUCAAGGUUCAGGUAGUGACGGGAGUGGUCCUGGGUCAGGAAGGACAGGGCACUGGGGGCUUCUCUGAGAAAGCUGACUUUCCCCGGCUCCUCGUUCUCUCGUUUCCAGAUCCUCUGCCCUCAUUACUUGAAUGGGAAUCACUGCUGGUCUUGCAGGGACCCUUGCUGGUUCUGUCAGAGCCCCCAAGACCCCAGUACUGUCACCUGUCUACUUUUGGUCCCACUAGGGUUUACUAAAGAAGACAGUCCUGCAACUGAAGAUGAAGAAACUCUAUAUGGUCAGCAAAAGUUAGACCAGGAUCUGACUGUGGCUCAGGUCAUGAACUCUUUAUUCCAAGAAGAGUCUGGAAAGUCUUUUGGACAGCAAGGAGAUCAAACCAGGCAAUCCUUAAGGGAAUCAGUCCUGAAUAUUCAUUGGAAGGACUGAUGCUGAAGCUCCAAUACUCUGGCCACCUGAUGGGAAGAACUGACUCAUUUGAAAAGACCCUGAUGCUGGGAAAGAUUGAAGGCGGGAAGAGAAGGGGAUGACAGAGGAUGAAAUGGUUGGAUGGCAUCACUGACUCGAUGGACAUGAGUUUGAGCAAGCUCUGGGAAUUGGUGAUGGACAGGGAAGCCUGGCGUGCUGCAGUCCAUGGGGCUGCGAAGAGUUGGACACGACUGAGUGACUGAACUGAGGGUCUAGUGGACGGUAAUACAUUUGCUUUAAUCC